CCAUAAAGGGCGGCCGCCGCCGGCCCCGGCCGCCUCACUCAGCCCGCUCGGCGGAGCCGCCCGAAUCACAGCGGAGGGCCCGGGGCGGAGGGGCUCGCUCGCUGUUCUAUUUUAUUUUGAUUCUUUUUAUUAUUAUUAUUUUUUGCUUCCUCGUCCCGCUCCUCUCCGCGGGGAAGGGGGGUGUCUCGGCGCUCGUCCCCCAGCACCCGCCCUCUGGAAGUGCACCCGAGGCCGGCCCGGGGCUGCCGGAGGGGACUCGCCGGAGCUUCCUCCCCGCUCGGAGGGCAGGGAGAGAGGAGCGGCGGCGCGGAGCGGAGGAGAGAGAAGGAGAAGGGGGCCGGGAGGCGGCCGGAGAGCGGGGCCAGGCUGCCCCUCGCACACCCUGCCUCGCUCCCUGCCUGCCACUGCCAUGGGGAAGUCGCCGCCGCCUCUGCAGUGAUCGCGGGACUGCCGGCGGAGAGAAGCCCCCACCGCCCGCAAAAACCAAACCAAAUAUAUAUAUAUAUAUAUCAUAUAUAUAUAUAAGCAAAUCUCACUCUCCGCCUUUCACAAAUUAACGACCGAGGCAGAAAGGCUCCGCCAGGCCAGCCGCAGCAGCAGCCAGCCAUCCCCGCCCCGAGCCCGGCGGCCGCGAUGAGGACCGGGGGGCGCCCGCUGGGGGUGCUGGUACCAGCGGUGCCGGUGUUACUGGCCGUACUGGCGGUACUGGUGGCGCUGGGGUCGUGCAGCGCCGAGCCCCCCGCCAGCGCCCGGCAGGCGCUGGUGCGGCCGCGGCGCCUGGGCGCUGCCGGCGGCCGGGAGCGGUUCCGCCUGGACGCCUUCGGGGAGCGGCUGACGCUGGAGCUGGAGCCCGACAGCAGCUUCCUGGCCCCGGACUUGACCCUGCAGUACCUGGGGGGGCCGCCGCCCUCCCCCUCGCCCUCCUCUCCGCCGCCGGGGGACGACCUCUCCCGUUGCUUCUACUCCGGCACCGUCAACCGGGACCCGGGCUCCGCCGCCGCCCUCAGCCUGUGCGCGGGGAUGCGCGGAGCCUUCUCGCUGCGGGGCCGCCAGUACCUCAUCCAGCCGGCCCCCGGCGUCGGGCACCGCCUUGGCGUCCACCUCCUCCGCCGCCGUCGAGGGACCCGACGGGGAGAUCCAGCAGCAGCCGCCGCAGCCCGCUGCGCCGUGGCCGAGCCGGGGGCGGAGGCGCCGGAGCCGGAGGGGCCCGCAGAUGCAGAAACGAGGAGCAAAAGGAAAAAGCGGUUCGUGUCCAGCCCUCGCUACGUGGAGACCAUGCUGGUGGCCGACCAGUCCAUGGCUGAGUUCCACGGCAGCGGGCUGAAGCACUACCUCCUGACGCUGUUCUCGGUGGCGGCCAAACUCUACAAGCACCCUAGCAUCCGCAACUCCAUCAGCCUGGUGGUGGUGAAAAUCAUGGUAAUCUAUGAGGAGCGGAAGGGACCCGACAUCUCUUCCAACGCCGCCCUGACUUUGCGAAACUUCUGCAGCUGGCAAAAGCAGCACAACCCACCGAGUGACCGGCACGCAGAGCACUACGACACAGCAAUCCUCUUCACCAGGCAGGACCUCUGUGGUGCCAAGACAUGUGAUACUCUUGGGAUGGCCGAUGUGGGAACAGUUUGUGAUCUAAACCGCAGUUGCUCUAUCAUCGAAGACGAUGGGUUACAGGCUGCCUUUACAACAGCCCACGAGCUAGGCCACGUGUUUAACAUGCCUCAUGAUGAUGCAAAGCAAUGUGCUGGUAUUAAUGGAAUAAGCCGGGAUUUCCACAUGAUGGCAUCUAUGCUUUCCAAUCUGGAUCGCAGCCAGCCUUGGUCUCCGUGUAGUGCCUACAUGAUUACAACAUUUUUGGAUAAUGGUCAUGGUGAGUGUUUGUUGGACAAGCCCCAUAAACCGAUCCAGCUUCCUUCUGACUUGCCUGGCACGUUGUACGAUGCCAACAGGCAGUGCCAGUUCACUUUUGGAGAUGAGUCCAAGCACUGCCCUGACGCAGCCAGUACGUGCACAACGUUGUGGUGUACCGGCACUUCGGGAGGACUGCUCGUGUGCCAAACUAAACACUUCCCGUGGGCGGACGGCACCAGUUGUGGAGAAGGGAAAUGGUGCAUGAAUGGCAAGUGUGUGAAUAAAACCGAGAAGAAGCAUUAUGAUACCCCAGUGCACGGGAGCUGGGGGUCCUGGGGAGCAUGGGGAGAGUGCUCCCGGACCUGCGGCGGCGGAGUGCAGUACUCCUUCAGGGAGUGCGACAACCCUGUCCCAAGGAAUGGGGGGAAAUACUGUGAAGGGAAGCGGGUACAAUACAGAUCAUGUAACAUCGAGGACUGUCCAGAUAAUGAUGGCAAAACCUUUAGAGAGGAACAAUGUGAAAAGCAUAAUGAGUUUUCCAAGUCUCCCUUUGGAAGCGGACCUGCAGUGGAGUGGACACCCAAGUUUGCUGGUGUCUCUCCAAAGGACAGAUGCAAGCUGGUCUGCCGAGCAAAAGGAACAGGAUAUUUCUUUGUUCUACAGCCAAAGGUUGUGGAUGGUACCCCUUGUAGCCCCGAUUCCACCUCUGUCUGCGUCCAGGGACAGUGUGUAAAGGCUGGCUGUGACCGUAUGAUAGGGUCCAACAAGAAGUUUGACAAAUGUGGCAUCUGCGGUGGCAACGGAUCCACGUGCAAGAAAGUGUCUGGCACACUCGUGAGAGCAAAACCAGGCUACCAUGACGUCGUCACCAUUCCAGCUGGGGCAACAAACAUCGAGGUGAAGCAGCGAAACCACCGGGGUGCCAGACACGACGGCAGCUUCCUGGCCAUCAAAGCCGCGGAUGGCACCUACAUCCUCAAUGGGGACUACACCCUGUCAACGCUGGAGCAGGACAUCACCUACAAGGGCAGUGUGCUGAGGUACAGCGGCUCCUCCGCCGCCCUGGAGAGGAUCCGCAGUUUCAGCCCUCUGAAGGAGCCUCUGACCAUCCAGGUCCUCACAGUGGGGGACCUGCCGCAGCCCAAGAUUAAGUUCACUUAUUUCGUGAAGAAGCCUGCUCAGCCUGGGUCAGAGAAGGUGCCCAGUAAAAAGAAAGAGUCCUUCAAUGCCAUCAAGGAGAUCAUUUCCUCCGAGUGGGUCAUCGAGGAGUGGGGCGAGUGCUCCAAGUCGUGUGGCUCAGGCUGGCAGCGGCGGGCAGUGGAGUGCAGGGACCCCCAGGGGCGGCCAGCUGCUGACUGUGCCCGGGAGCUGAAGCCCAGUGACGUCCGUCCCUGCGCCGACGUGCCCUGCCCUCAGUGGCAGCUGGGGGACUGGUCACCCUGCUCUAAGACGUGCGGGAAAGGUUUCAAGAAGAGAUUGUUGAAAUGUAUUUCUUAUGACGGCAGCGUUCUGCCGCAAGAAAGCUGUGAGUCUUCCAAGAAACCAAAACACCUGAUAGACUUCUGCAAUGUUACGGACUGCAGUUAAAUAGUAUAAGUUGGGAAAGCUAAUUUUUUUAUUUUUUAUUUUUUCCUUCAGAACAAUGCACUGAAUAUAUGAGGGUUAGAGGCAGCGCAUACGUUCUGCGUACAAAAUUCAUGGUGAGGAUCCAUUGAGGUGGGACAGUGCAAAUAACCUUAGUUGGCGUUGCACCCUAAAACUAUCCUGCCAAUUGCAAGUUUGAUAGGAGAGCAGACCAAUGUCAAUCACUCAUCUUCAGCAGAUAAGGCCGUAGGGCAUUAGAAUUUCCUUUUUUAAAGUCAGUUACAAAUUAAACCAAACAGGAGCAGUGGCCAAAGCAUGUUUAAGCAAACAUUUUGGGGUUUGGGUAUUUCUCCCUUCUUUUGGAUUUAUAUUGUGGUACUGAUCAAGUCCCCAUGUGUAGGAAAGGGGAGCAGAACAGAUAGCUUAAAAUAAUUGGUCAGGGUUUACCUACCUCACGAAGGGCAAAAAAACAGGAUUAGAAAAGGAGCUUUAACUAAGUCAUUCAUGGCUGCUAAUGUUUCAGAGAAUAGUUUUAUAUAAAAAUAAAGCCAUAUUCUCUACCUGUAAAGAAUAAGAAAUAUCAAGAACGGUCAAUCAAUUCCACAAAUAACUAGAAUGUCAUUUUCUUUAAAGCAUCAUUAUGUUAUUCCAACGUGCCUGUCCAUUUCUCUCAUCCACUCUGAUGCCGUUGUGUUGACAUAUGUAAUCCAGAGGCUAGAAAAAGUGGAAAACUUCAUGGAGCAGUAGUAUGAGUAGUUGCUCUCUGUGCCUUCUGCAUACCUUCCAUGAGCUUCUUUGAUUCGAGCUUGGUCCUGCCAUCCUGUCAAUCAGACUCCUGGCAGUGGGCGCUUGAGUCAACACUUUGACAUUCAAGACCUUUACCCCAGCCAAUAGCAAUUAUUUGCAUUUGGGUAAAAAGAGAUCAAAGAAAUCCCGCUAUGAAUGGGAACCUCGUCUAAAUGGCUUCUGAUGGGUUUGUAGUGCUCAAAUCACUGAUAAGGCGGGAAGACAAAGCUGAAGGAUAGCAGGUCCAUCCACAGCAGUACGCCAACGUUCACAUAAUUAAAGUUUGUGCCAGUCCAUAGACAAUGAGAGAAUAUGGCUUUCCAUAUGUAUAUAGUAAAAUAUAUUACUAUAGAUGUUAUAUACUUUAUAAGUAUUUUAUAUUUCUUUCCCUUCUGGGAAGGGUUAUAAUUUGUAAUAAAUGCAUAUAAUGAGCGUAUUUAUUUUUAUACUUCUUGUCUAAUGUGAUCUUCUAAGUUAUCGCUUUUUUAAAAGGACAUAUAACAAGGAUAGAGUAUUUAUACAGUAUAAUAUGUUACUAGAGGUAAUAAAUGAACCCUAUAAAUUUUGGAAGUGGAGUGUCAUUAUUUCACUGGAGUAAAACUAGUCUAUCAAGCAGAAUGAGCUUGAUUUCUAAAGCAAUGUUACAAAAAAAGCUAAACCACAUUUUUCAAAAAUACUGGUAGCUUAGGCUACUAAUUGACUGUGUUAGUUAAGGGGUUUGGAAAACUCUACCCAUAAUGUCAUAUACCACGUUAAAAGGAGUAAUUUGGUAUUUUAUUGCUUAACCACUAACUGGGUGCUCAGCACUGUUGUUUCAUCUUCAAAAAAGAAAAAAAAAAAAAAAAAUGAACUGCCA